AUGUUGGGUGACAACAGUAAAUUGGGGGAUGAUUUACAAAACAAUACUGUAACAGUUUAUAUGAGCGGAGGUCCAACUGUGUGUGCAAAUUGUUCUGGUGCUUCAAACAAUCACAACUACGAAUAUGUUGACCAAUAUGCUUGUAAAUCUCAACCAGAAUGGAACGGAGGGUACAUUAGUUUUCAAGAUCCAACUCCAAAUAGUGAGUUGGUAGUAGUUAAAAAGAUUAGAAUAGAAUUUACAUCUCUUUAUCAAUAUGAGGCACCAGGUGGUACAGUUUUAAUUAUUAUCAUCAAUGAUGCCGAUACUAUCGAUGUUUUUGAAGUAGCUGUAAAUUCAACCUCAUUUGGAUGUCCAAAUUGUCAACUUGAUAAUGUUCCAGAAAUCCAACCAACAUCAUUCAUUAAUGGUGUACCCUCAUAUAAGUAUCAACAAGAAAAUAGUUUGUUUUUUAAUUUUGUUAAUCCAAAUAUAUCAACUUGUGUUGGUAAAAUUUCAAUUACAAUAUUUUAUGGUGCAGUAGGUUAUAAGGUUUCACAAGUUUCUCCAUUCCUUGGUCCAUCAACUGGUGGUACAAGUGUUACUAUUGUAGGCACCAAGUUUUAUAAUAGCAAUUCAAUUUUAUGCAAAUUUGGUAGUCAAACUACAAUUGGAUCAUUUGUUAACGAAACUGCUAUUACUUGUUUAACACCACCCAUCAACUCUACCAAUCCAAAAGAUUUCAAUGUUACUGUUCAAAUUUCCGAGGAUGGAGGAUCAAGCUAUUGUGCACCAUUAGCAAAUAUCACAUUUACUUAUACUUUAGAACCAUUACCAAUUAUUCAUCCACCAAUUGACUAUCAAAAAUUAAUUUGGAUUAUUAUUGGUGUCAGUAUUGCUGUUUUAAUUGUAAUCGCUAUAGGUAUAUUCUUUAUUGUUAGGUUAAGAAAUAAAAAUAGAAAGUUAAAUGGUAGUAGACAUAAGUUACCAAUUGGUGGUAAUGACGAUGAAAGAUCACCAUUAUUGAAAACAGAUUAUAAAACAUUAUUCGAAAUUAAACCAAUUGAUAUUUCAGAAAUUUUAGUUCAAAAUAGAAUUGGUAGAGGAAGUUGCGCCGAGGUAUAUACAGGCACAUGGAGAGGUAUCACCGUUGCAAUUAAAAAGGCUAAACUAUUAAACGAAGAUGAUCAAGACUUUUUAAAUGAAUUAGCUCAGGAGGCCACUAUUAUGAGUCAACUUAGACAUCCAAAUAUUUGUCAAUUUUUAGGUACCUGUAAUAACCCACCAGAAAUUUUAAUCGUUAUGGAAUAUAUGCCAUUAGGUAGUCUUUAUAGGAUUUUACAUGACCCUACAGUUCAAUUAGAUUGGCCAAGAAUGAAAUCAAUGGCAUUAGACAUCGCUAAAGGCAUGAACUACUUGCAUUGUUGCGAUCCAAUUGUUAUUCAUAGAGAUUUAAAAUCACAUAAUUUAUUAGUAGACGAACAUUUUAGAGUUAAAAUUUCAGAUUUUGGACUUAGUACUAGAUUUAAAAAGCAUCUUGAUAAAAAAACAGCAAUGACACCUGUAGGUACUCCAUGUUGGACAGCACCAGAGGUGUUAAGAAAUGAUGCCUAUACAGAAAAAGCUGAUGUAUUCUCAUUUGCUAUUGUUCUUUGGGAAAUAGUUACAAGAGAGGAUCCAUAUCAAGGUAUGCCAACAUUCCAAAUUGUCAUUUCUGUAGGUCAACAUAAAUUAAGACCAAUUGUACCACCACAAGUUUCUGCACCUUUCACUAGAUUAAUAACUGAAUGUUGGUCUGAAGAUCCACAACAAAGACCUUCAUUCCAAGAGAUUGUUAAAAGAUUAGAAGCAAUGUAA